AUGCUCAACGAAAAAGUUAUUGGGGAUUAUGCUUAUCUUAUCUCCAACGAAUACAAAGUUGGUGCAGGAUAAUUCGGCCAUGUUUAUAAGGGUUAUCAUAAGAUAACUAACAAAUUAGUAGCAAUCAAACAAAUAGAUAAAAAAUUAGUGAAAGGUAUUUAUGAGUAGAUGCUGAGACAUGAAAUUGAAAUUCUUGAACAAUUAAAUCAUUAAUAUAUAGUGAAAAUGUAUGCACAUUAUGAAACUAUUAACAACUUUUAUAUUGUAUCUGAGUAUUGUGAAACAGAUAUUUUAUCAAUAAUUAAACAGAAAGGAAAGAUAAACGAAGAUUUGGUUAUCAUGUAUGUUUUAUAGAUAGCAGAAGCACUGUUAUAUUUAAAUUAGAAAUAAAUAAUACACAGAGAUAUUAAACCAUCAAACAUUUUAAUUCAUAAUGGAGAGGUAAGAUUGGCUGAUUUUGGAUUUGCAAUAUAGCAAGAUAAGCUCAAGUUUGAAGACAGAAACUUAUAAGUUGGAUCUCCUUUAUAUAUGUCUCCAGAAACACUUUUAAAAUAAGAGUAUAAUCAUAAAACCGAUAUUUGGUCUUUAGGAAUUUUGUAUUUUGAAAUGAUUUUUGGUGUGGUACCAUUUUUUUCAAUGGAAUUAGAUGAUUUAAUUAGAAAGCUGAAAUAAUAUUAGUCAGAUCAUGUAUUAGUUUUCUCACAUGCUAUUUCAGUAGGCAGUACUGAGGCAAUUAGAAAUUUAUUAGCGUACGACCCUCAAAAUAGGUGUGAUCUAAUAUCUUUGGCUCAGAUACUUUAGAAAUAUCUUAGAAACAGAAGAUAAAUGACAAGUAGUGUACAUCUUGAUAAGAGAUAAAUAACGCCAUAGAUGAAAAGAAGAAAUACUCCAGAAAUAUGUUCAUAAAAUAAUAGUGUCAUUAUAUCUGGGAGUAAAGGUCUUCUUAAAAUUAAUACUAUUUCUGCUUAAAAGGCAUUUAAAUAAACAACAUAUUAUAAAAUCAAUAAUUAAUAAGAACCAAAAAAAAUAGGAGAGCAACAAAAAAACGAUGCAAAUACUAGUUAGAAGUUAGGUGUGAUUAAACAGAAAGAUUAAAAUGAUAUAAUAAAUAUGAAAAAUGAAGAUUUCUUAACUUUUCUCAUUGAUAAAAUGGAAAAUUUAAAAACCAUUCAAUUUUAAGAAGGAUUGUCUAAAAGUCUUAGCGAAUGCUAGUUGUUUUUAUAUCAAUACUAUGGAAGAGAUCAAGAAAAACUUAAAUUUAUCAAAGAAAAGUUAUCAAACCUAUGA